UUGUCGUCCAUUGCCUCUACGUUAGAUCAGCUACAUACGAACUUGCUACAAAUAGUCUAUAUUACUCUGACAUAACCAACAAUGUCGGCUGAAUUCAGACCAACUUCUCAUCUGGAAUCCGCUGAUGAAAUCCUCCUUUCUCAUGACGAAGGACAAGGGAUCCUGGAAGAAAACAAGCCAAGCGAGUACAAAUCCAUUGAUGAAACUUCUGCUGGCAUUGACGCUAGAACCGACCACAGCAACCCUGUAUCUGUUGAAUAUUACAACAUUGACGACGUCAACCCAGCGUCUGGUUAUCAGGCUAUUGAAGGAAGCCAAUCAGAAGCUAAUAACCAUGAACACAUUGCUGUAACCAACCCUGCGUAUGAUUACAGUGAAGUAAUAACCGAGCCACGUACGCUUACGUCUAAGUGUAAGAAGACCAUUCUGUUUCUCGUUCCCAUAUUUGCCAGUGUGAUAGUGAACAUCACAGUUGGGUGCUUAAUGUUUCUUCCCCUGCCCCACUUCAGAGGAGAUUCCAGUGGAGUCAGAUGGACGGUCCCAGAAGUUCUAAUCACAGUUUGUGUGUUUCAUGGACUGGCAGGUAAUUGA